UAUUACGAAUUCACUUUACGUCACGAGCACCUGCUUUAUUGUUGGUAACAAAUAUGGCGGCGGAAGACGAUUCCGAUAUUCCUGAUUCUGGAGCUGUCUUUACAUUUGGCAAAAGCAAGUUUGCUGACAAUUUGCCGAACAAGUUCUGGGUUAGGAAUGACCGUGUACGUGAUGUGGCAUGUGGAGAUGAACACACAGCAUUGGUUGCAGAGACUGGGAGAGUAUUCACAUUUGGUUCCAAUGAUUGGGGUCAACUUGGUCUGGGAACCAGUAAAACAGCUGAUAGGCCAAGCUGUAUCAAAUCAUUAAAGACAGAGAAAGUGAAGCUUGUAGCAUGUGGAAGAGUUCAUACAAUUGUUGCAACAGAAUCAGGGAAGCUCUAUUCAUUUGGUGCCAAUGGUGAGGGUCAGCUGGGUGUAGAAGAUUCUCCAGCUAGCAAUGUUCCUAAAUGUAUUGACAGUCUAGUAGAGCAACAGUAUAGAAUGUUAGCAGCAGGGGCAGAUCACUCUGUAGCUCUCACAGAGGAUGGUGCAGUAUUUGUGUGGGGUGGGGGAAGUGAAGGACAACUUGGUCUAGGGGGUAAGACAGAAUGUCCAGACCCAGAAGAAUUGCAAAUAGAAGAUGUGGUCACUUGUAUAUCAUGUGGUUAUUAUCAUACAGCACUUGUCACUGAAUCAGGAGAUUUAUACACAUUUGGAGAGAGUGAGGGUGGUAAACUAGGGUUGGGUGAUGACCCUGAUGAAACAGAUACUCCACAAAAGGUUGAUAUACCUGAAAAAGUCAUAUCAGUGGCGUGUGGUGGGUCACAUACUUUAGCUGUCACAGAAAGUGGCAAUGUCUACACAUUUGGAGAUGGUGCAAGUGGCCAGCUAGGUCAUGGAACACAUUUUUUACAAAUAUCUACGCCAAGAAAACUUAAUAUUAAUUUUAAAGUGAAAUAUGCAUCAUGUGGUGAAAGCCAUUCUUCUCUUAUAUCAGAUAAAGGUCAGUUAUACACAUUCGGGGAUGGAAGACAUGGGAAGUUAGCGUUAGGACAAGAAAGUUUUUCUAAUCAAUUUAUACCACUUAGAGUGAAAAGAUUUUCAAAAUUUACUGUACAAAAAGUAAUGUGUGGAGGGUGUCACAUGAUAUGUUUAGCCAAACCAAAUAGAGAGGAUGAUAACCAGUUUAGUUCAGAUGAUGAAUUGAUAGGGGAACCAAAGUUAAAUGGAAUGCUCAAUCAUAGUCUACGAGCUGAUGGUUCUAUAGACCUUAACAACAGUGUUACAGCAAGAGAUAGGCGGAGAAAAACCAACGAAUCUUUUAAAAAUGAUUUAAACCGUACCUUGCCACCCCUGGCUGGUGCUCACAAGGUACCAUCAGAACAUUUACACCAGACCGUCCCAGCACCAAAGUCACGCAGAAUAGAGUCAGCUCCUUUACAAAAACAACCAG